AUGCCCCGCCCCCGACCCUCGGGUGCUUACCGGAUACCCUGGAUGUGGGCGGCCAUCUUUGUCGGCCCCGCACCCCCGCCUGUCUCUGCCCUCUGUCCUUCCUCCUGUAUUAAACGCAGCGCGAACCGUCACACAUUGGUGCCGCUUCCCAUCCCCCAGCGUUCCGCUUGUCCGGGCUCCGAACAGUUUCUGAUUAUUAUUGUGUUUGAAACCGACGGGGAAGUGCCUGAUCCACCGAAACCCGCUCCCAAGAAGGGCGCCAAGAAAGCUCUGUCCAAACCGGCGAGCAAGUCCGGCAAGAAGUGCAAGUGGUCGAGGAAGGUGAGUUACAAAGUGAUGAAGCAGGUUUACCCCGACACCGGCAUCUCCUCCAAGGCCAUGAGCAUCAUGAAUUCAUUCGUGAACGAUAUCUUCGAGCGCAUCGCGGGUGAGGCUUACCGCCUGGCCGACUACAACAAGCGGUCCACCAUCAGCUCCCGGGAGAUCCAGACCACCGUGCGCCUGCUGCUGCCCGGGGAGCUGGCCAAGCACGCCGUGUCCGAAGGAACAAUGGCGGUGACCAAGUACACCAGCUCCAAGUAAAGACAACUUUACUGACAAAACAAACGGGAACUUCAAAGGAUCAUUUAAGAGCCACUCACGCUUUCAUUAAAAGAGUUACAAAAUAUUGAGCCAUGGACUUGAGACAGCUGCACCAUAGACCCUGAAAGUGACAUCAGGAAUAUCUUCUCCGCAAGUUACAGUGAGCAUCUGGGUUAAAUCUGAUCAACAGCACAAGGUCAGAAACUUAGUGUCACUACCAAAAGUUCCAGCCAAUAGAAGUUCAA